CAUGAAAACCUAACAAUCGUAAAAUAAAAAUGAUUGACUUAUCUUAAUACAAUAUUUGAAACACUAAUUCGUUGACAGCCAAAUAAUGAAUAAAUUUUUGAUACUGUAAACAUAACAAUCCACAUACUUGAGUGUGAACAAUUUGGAGCACCAUAGAAUCAAGAUGCUGAAAAAAUCUCGAUGUUUUAUUAUUUUUAUUAGAAUUUACUAUCAUUUAUUAACGUCAUGUGUUGCAGGAAAUCAGUAUCCAGAUGUGAUAGCAACUUUUCGAGGACCAUUUCAAGAUCCACUUAUGCCGCUGCAAGAUGAAAAAUUUUAUGAAGAAAAAAUUUCCUGUGAUUUAAUGAUGGAACCAAUGGAAACUAUUAGAACAGCCUUGAAUCAAUUGGAGGUUUUAAGAAGAAGUUAUUGUAAUAACCCUGGUGUUUCAGAAAGAGAGCCAAUAAAUCUUCCCAUCCUUCCUACGGGAUCACGUAAUUUAGGUACUUUAGAUUCAGCUAAAAAAGAUGACAAUAAAGGUAUUGAUUUUCUUGGGACAAAUGAAGACUAUGCCAUAAAAACAACAGAGAACCCUAAUGUUUUAUCAACAACAAUGGAAGAUAAUACAUCAUCUACUCGUCAAAAAACCUUCUUUAAGAGGCCUAAAAAAAAAUGUCCACCGAAAAAAAUGACUCAAAGUCGUACUGGUAGAAAAAGUGUUCCAUAUACUUUUUAUGAAUUUUAUGAUGAUCAUGAAAAUCAUGAUGAAUAUUAUGAAAAUGUAUAUUAUUACAAUGGUAUUAAAAAAUAAAACAUAGCUUUCUAAAUGUUGAAUUUAAUCUACUAAAAGAUCAAAAUACUGAAAUUACGUCAU